UAUUUAAAUUUAAAAUUUCGCGGCUGGAAAAAAUGAAAAACGCAUUUUUUUGGUUAAAAAAUUGCUCGUUUGGCGUUCUGUAAUCUGUACUUUACCACUUUUUUUCGUCAUUUGUUAUUCUUCCGUUACUUUUUAUCAGUUUUAUUAAAAACUUCUCCGAAUUAAUAUAAUUAUUUUGUAUACUAUUUAUUAAUUUGAUUUAAGUGAAUCAAAGUGAAUAAAUUUCUCUUCAAAUUAUUCUUGUUGUUUAAAAGCUUUAAAAUGAACAAUCAAAAACAUAUGGAAAAUAUAACGAAGGAGUUGGAGAAAUUGAAUUUCUCAAAAGAUUCAAAGGUCAAUGUGCAUGAAGAAAAUAAUACCAAAGAUUUGAAGAAAGAAGACAAUCAUGAUGAUAAAAAAAAUGUUUCUAAUGAUAAAAUUAAGAAGGAUGAAUUUAAGGAUUCUCAUGAAGAUAUAAUUAAUCUUCUUACUGGUGAUACUGACAAUGAUUUUGAUGACAAUGAUUUGGAUAAUCUUUGUGUUGGUCUUGAUGAUGAAUUUGACGAACUAGAUAAUUUUUGUGUUGAUCUUGAAGAUUAUGAUGAACUAGAUAAUCUUUAUGUUGAUCUUAAUGUUUGUGAAGAACUAGAUUAUCUUAAUUUUGGUUUUGAUAAUGAAUUUGAUGAUGCAGAUGAGCCAUUCUAUGAUUUUUUCUAAAAAUAUCAGCGUCCGAAACAUCUUUCAAUCACUGUUAGAUUUUAUAUUUGCAUUUAUUAUUAAUUUCAAAUAAUUAUGUAAAUUUUCCUAAUGUUUCGUAUUUUUCUAUAAAGGAAAUUAAAAAAAUUUACC